AGGUGCCUGAAGUCGUUGGGUCAGUAGGUGCUUGGAGUGGCGGGGUGGGUAGGUGGUUGCAGUCACUUAAUGGGUAGGUGCUUGCAGUGGCUCGGUGGGAAGGUGCUUGGAGUGGCUCGGUGGGUAGGCUCUUGGAGUGGCCCGGUGGGUGCCAGCAGUUGUCGCAUCAGCAGCUGGCACAACAACAACUACCACAUCAACACCUGCCAGAUCAGCUGGUGUCUGGUCAGCAGCUGCCACGUCAGUAACUGCCACGUCAGCAGCUGGCACAUCAACACCUGCAACGUAAGUAGUUGGCACCUCAGCAGUCGGGACACAUGUGGAACCAUGGCCAGCAGCAGUGCAGCCGGUGGAAGGGGUGGAGCAGCAUCAGUUGCCCCCUUCCGGGAGGACACGAACUACAGAGGCAAGCACGUGGUGUGGACUUGGGUGACUGCUGGUCAACUUCUGCCGGGAAACCCUCGUGGACGCAGAAGGCUGAAGUGCAAGUUGUGUGGCCUUGAGUACACAGGGACACAAAACCGGGCCGGCGAGCACUUCCACAAGAAGAGGCCAUUGUCAAGGUGCCCUCAUGCCACCCUUGCGAUCUGGAGAAGACUGCAUAAGACUGGCGCUGAGUUCCCGACGGACAUGCAGGAGAGGGUGCAGUGGGCGAUGGAGGAGAAUCCGAGUGACGAGGAUGACGCCCCUGCGGUGGAGGAUGUUGCAGGAGGAGGAGGGGGAGGAGGCUCCAUCGGUGGGGAGGGUGAGGAGGCGGCUGGUGGCCAUCCUGUUGAUGUUGGCGACGACUGCACAAGGGGGGAUGUGACGGGUGGAGGCAUAGUUGUCGGGAUACCAGCUUCCUCGCAGACAGCGCGGCAGACGGGCCGCAUGCCUGUGCAGGCUAGGCAGACGAGCAUCGUCAAGCUCAAGAACAAGGGUGAUGAUGACCCCACUGUGGCAGGAGGGUGGUUGGGGCUAGUAGCGGACUGGGAAGAUGAGGAUUUGAAGGGCGAUCAGGCGGGUGUGACGGACGCUGUUGAUGAUGGUGAGGUCGAUCCUGAUGACGAUCGUUCGGGUGCAGGUAGCACCAGCAUUCGAUGUGAUCUUGCAGUGCCCGGGACUUCGACACCCGUGGAGAGGUUAGAGGAGGACGACAACGAGGGUGAGCAGGAGGGUGUCGACAAGGAGAACAACGAGGAGGACAUUCCAGGCGAGGGCUGGGUGGAUGAGAGGUCAGACUCAGACGAAUCGUGGACCAGGAGAGAGGAGAUCACGCCGUAUAUCCCGGGGGCACGGGGGCGGGGAACAUCAUGGGUAGAAGGAGGAGGGGCAGAAGGGCCAGGAGGGCCAGCAUGGGCAGGAGGGUCAGGGGGGCGAGGAACAACAUGGGCAGGAGGGGCAGGAGGAGCAGGAGCAGAUGGGGCAGGAGGAGCAGGUGCAGAUGGGGUAGGAGAGCAUAACGCACACGUUGGCAGAGCACUGCGCAGAGGGGGAGCGAGAGGACGAGGUGCAGGGCGAGCACCGAUGCCGAGAUGCCGGGUCAUUUCACGGUCCCAAUAGGGCAUCAAUGCCGCAUCACACCUCAUCGGCCGGCUUGGUGCACAUCCCGGGUUUGUGUGGGAUCCGCUGGGGUAUCGUGCUCCUCGUGGCGAAGGACGUUGUCGGUGCUAAUACCCUUAUUAGGGUAUCCGCCCUGGUUUUUGCAAGCGACAGAAAACAGUUUUGGUUUAAAGUUUAAGUAUACCACGCU